AUGGGGGUCCUGAAAAAAGUUGAAAGUUCUGAUUGGGCUUCACCCAUUGUUCCAGUAUUGAAAGCUGAUGGUUCAGUGAGAAUUUGUGGGGAUUUUAAAGUAACAAUAAAUCCUGAAUUGGAUGUCCCUGAAUAUCCCUUGCCUAGACCUGAGGACCUAUUUAGUAAAUUGAAUGGGGGACAGAAAUUUUCAAAGCUUGAUUUAUCAGAAGCUUAUCAACAAGUUUUACUUGAUGACGAAUCUCAAAAAUAUGUCACUAUUAAUACUCAUAUGGGGUUAUUUAGAUAUUUAAGGUUACCAUAUGGGGCAGCUUCUAGUCCUAGUAUUUUCCAAGAAACUAUGGAGAAAAUUCUCCAGGGAUUGCCAAAUGUGGGUUGUAUUUUGGAUGAUUUGAUUGUCACUGAAAAAGAUGAUGAUAGUCAUUUGCAAUUUCUUGAUAAACUUCUAUAUAGAUUGAAUUCAUUUGGUGUAAAAUUGAAACGUUCUAAAUGUUGUUUUUUGCAACCAUCUGUUGAGUAUUUUGCUUUUAUUGUUAAUGCAGAAGGUAUUCACCCUUCUCCGAAAAAGAUUGAAGCAAUAAUGGAAAUCCCUAGCCCUGAAAAUGUAAAAGAAUUGCAAUCUUUUCUUGGUAUUGUAAAUUAUUAUCGUAAAUUUAUACCUGCAAUGUCUACCAUUGUUGAUCCUUUCAAUAAGUUACUGAAAAAGGGUAUGAAAUGGAAUUGGAAUAAUGACUGUAAAAAAGCUUUUGUGAAAUUGAAAGAUAUAUUGGUGUCAUCUGAAGUGCUAGUACACUAUGACCCUGAAAAACCAUUAGUACUUGCCACUGAUGCUUCAUCUGUAGGUAUUGGUGCUGUAAUUUCUCAUAUACUGCCAAAUGGUGCUGAAAAACCUAUUGCAUAUGCUUCUCGUACUUUAACAAGUGCUGAAAAAAAUUAUUCCCAAAUCGAGAAGGAGGCACUAGCAAUUGUAUAUGGUGUAAGAAAAUUUCAUGUGUAUUUAUAUGGUCGAAAUUUUAAAUUGUUGACUGAUCACCAACCUUUAACUAUGCUAUUGAGUCCAAAACGUGGUAUACCUGUUUUAACUGCAACCAGAUUGCAAAGGUGGGCUAUAAAACUGUCUGCAUAUAAAUAUGAAAUAUGUUAUCGAAACACGAAAAAUAAUGGGAAUGCAGAUGCAUUAUCCCGAUUGCCCAUGAAAACAGAUCAGUCUGAAAUACGCGAUUGUUGGGAAGAAGAGGCAACGAUUAUGAACAUAAACCAAGUUCAUACGCUUCCCAUAACUCCUGCAAAGCUCCGCCAUGCAACUGAAAAUGAUCCAAAGCUCUCACGGGUGUUGCUGUAUACUAUAAAUGGUUGGCCUGCAAAGGAGGAAAUUACAAAUGAAUUGUUGCCAUUCCACAGGAGGAAAGAUGAAAUUACUGUGGAAGAAAGAAUAUUGCUGUGGGGAAUAAGAGUUAUUAUUCCUGAAAAGUAUAUUGCAGAAGUACUAGAUGAACUGCAUGAAAAUCAUCCUGGUAUGGUUCGGAUGAAAUCAUUAGCCAGAUUGCAUGUUUGGUUUCCGAAUAUUGAUGAAAGAAUUGAACAGAAAGUCAGAGAUUGUUCAAAUUGUCAGGAAGUAAGAAGUCCUGCGAAUAAAACGCCUGGAAAUCCAUGGAUAUGGCCUACGAAGCCAUGGCAAAGAAUUCAUAUUGACUAUGCUGGUCCAAUAAUGAAUGAAAACUUUCUGGUGGUGGUCGAUGCUCAUUCUAAAUGGCCUGAAGUGUUGAGAAUGCCUUCAACUACUUCUGAAAAGACUGUUGAUGCAUUGAGAUCUUUAUUUUCGAAAUAUGGACUACCUGAAAUAUUGGUAAGCGACAAUGCUCCUAACCUGUCAUCGAAAGAGUUUCGAGAUUUUAUGAUACGAAAUGGAAUUAAGCAAAUCUUCUCAAGUCCGUAUCAUCCGUCCUCUAAUGGUGAGGCUGAAAGAAAUGUGCGUACCUUCAAAACUGCACUGAAAACUUUAAAAAGAUUACCUGGAACACUGAAUCAGAAGUUGGCAUCGUUCUUAUUAACUUAUCGAACAACGCCACAUUCUACAACGAAAUGUACUCCAGCUGAAUUAUUCAUGAAAAGAAGACUGAGAACAAGAUUAGAUUUAAUGAAACCUAAUUUGAGUAAUUCGAUGCAGAAAAGAACAACUCCAGUGCAAAAGCCUAUUAGAAAUCUGGAAGUUGGAAAUCGUGUUCAAGUUCGUGAUUAUAGAGAUCCAAACCGAAAAUGGAUUCAUGGAGUAAUCUUAAAGAAGUUGAGUCCUGUAACCUAUCGUGUAAAAGUUGGUUCAAUGAUCUGGAAAAGACAUAUUGAUCAAAUAUUGGACAUGUCUAAAGUGAAAUUAGAGAAAUCAUAUGAUAGUAGUUUGGAUGAUGACGUUUCAUUGCCUUCUGUGUUUCCAAAUACUGAUGUAAUUGAUCCUAAUGUUGAUAUCCCUAGUACUAAUGAAAAUUUACCUGUUAAUCCUAAUGUUAGUACUGAAAGUGAAACCCAGUGCCCUGAUGAAACAUCUGUUGAAAUUUCACGUUAUCCAAAACGUCUUAGGGUUAAGCCUGAGCGGUUGAUUGAAACAAUGUAA